AUGCGGCCCUCUUCACGCCUUGCACAGGCGGUGACAACCGCCUCCUCCUCCGCUGCUGCUGCUACUGCUACUGCUGCGCUGGGCAAAGGGAGGCCCAAGACCCCUCCGUCACCCCCGCGGCAAGAGAAUGGGUACCAUGCGGCCAUGUUGUUUAUGCAACGCCAUCGUUCCUUUGCGCCAGGGGCAUAUUUAGCAGAUGCCACGGCGCAUCGCAUUGUAGCAUCACCUGCUGUUCGUCGUCGUCGUCGGUAUGAGCCAUACUCGUGGGUAUUGAGGCGGUACCUUGAGCGUGGGUCUGUCGACCUUGACGCGUUGCUUUUUCACCCUGACGCCCCGUCACCUGUUGAGACGUUGCUCGAAGUUAUGCGGCACCGUACGCCGUGUCAGCGCCUCACCGUGCAUGCACUGGAGGCAAUGUUUAAUCAAGUGCGUCUGACUACUUCAGCGGGCAACGCGUCCUUUGCGUUGCAGACGGUUAGUUAUUUGCUGCGGUGGCGAUGCCCACAGUUGUAUGACACGCCUGCUGUGCGGGUGCUGCUGUGUCAGGCGCUGCUCGCGGAGCGACUGUUUAGUGACGCCAUUGAGGUACUGGAGGGCAUGCCGGAUGCCUGGAUCACCCCCGGACUUUGGGCGGCCGUGAUGGAGGCGGCAGCAGAGGGAAAAAUACCGCACUCGCCGAUCCUUUGGCGCCUGCUGACGCUGUCGCCAAGGCGGACUCCCCGCGCGGGCAGCGUCGUCCGCACGGGGCAGCGCAUCCUCGCGGAAAUGCAGGGUAAUACGGCGGCCGCGGAAUCGGCGGUGCCAGUGCAGCACGCCGGCGAGCCAGUCGAGGGGGACUACGAUGGUGGCCACAGGAAUCGCAGACACACCCUGAAGGCCGAGGCGAUGGUGACAAUGUCGACUUUUGAGGUUCGCCCAACUUCGGUGAGGCGUCUCGCACAGGACGCCGAGCGGCCUGUGUGGUGUCACUUGAGCAUGGCGGAGGUGGGCUACGCGGAGCGGCACUACGGGACCCUGCGUGAUGAGCGGGCGUGGGGGCUGGGCACGCUGUACCCCGGCGGUGGGGAUACUGCCUCCGAGGGCAUUGUUUACGGCCUUGAUGCACGCCUCGCCUCGCGACUGAUGCUGCGUGCGAAUGUCUCUUUUUCUGGGCAGGCGUCGCCGCUGAUUGCCCUGCAUAUCCUUCGUCGCUACCUGCGCACGUGCCACGUGCUGCAGAAGCAGGCGGGUUUGGGGGGCACCGCCGGCCCCGCUGCUGCCGGGACGCCGGCGUUGGCAACGGCGCACGCAAACGCGGUCGUCGCUGCCGGCGGUGCGGCGGGGACGGCGGAGCUGGAAGGUCAAGUGCACCCCUCGCCUUUCCUGCUAUUUUUCAAGAUUGUUCGUGAGACGCGAGACGUGGUGGCUGGCGGCGGCGGCGGCGGCGAGCUCGCGGUGGUGCCGGGGGCGGCGCCCGGCCCGGCCCCGGGCGGGCUGCCGAUGAUCCACUGGGGCGUCGUCUGGCGGUUCUUUCAAACCCUCAACCGCGAGUCCCCGGCGUGGUUUACCGUCACCCCCGAGGAGGCGGGGGACCUCGCAAGGUACGUCAUUGACGCCCUCUGCCGCGGGGCCGACCCGUGGAUGUCGCUCAACGUCGCCCGCGCCGUGUCCGCGCGCCACAUCGUGGACGGCCUGGAAAUGUCGCUAUGGCUGCUGCACCGCCUCGACGCCGCCCACCACACGGAGGAGGCCCGCGAGGUGACGCGGAAGAUUUUCCGCUGGUUGCUGGUGGACGUGGGGGUCCAUCUGCUCCCGCAGCUGCACCACCACCUGCUCCCCGCCUCGCGGGUGCUGAUUCGGCUGGGGCUGCACGAGGAGCUGAGGCAGUUCUACAACGCCGUGCUGGACAACGCGUACACCUUCUCGGAGGGCUUCCGCGGCGAUUUUAUGCGCGUGAUGGAGGACCUGGUGUGCCCCACGUGCAGCUCCAUUCUGCCGGAGCGGGACGUCUACGUCGAGCGCGCCUGCCCGCUGUGUCUGACGGUGGUGCCGGCGAAGGACCCGAGUGCAGUUCCAAGUUUUCAGCUCUCAAACGAGCACGUCGCUCGCCUACGUGAGAAGCGGAAGGCCCUCCGCGAACGAGGCAGGCGACGACUGCAUGAGCGCAUUAAUCGCUGGUCAAAGGGCGGCGGCGGCGGCGGCGAUGGGGCGGAGGGCUCCGCGCGACCACCACUAGACGCCAGCAGUGUCUUCAAGCGCGAGCUUCUCGGCGAGAGCGUGCCGCUGAUACCCGGCGUGUCCGUGAGCGAAAGCAUGCCGCUCUUCCCAUUUGAGGGGGGAAGCCGUGGCGCGAGUCAUAGUGGGGGCGCGGAGGGCUCCGAGGCUCCCUUUGACGUUCAUGCGGCCAUGGAGGAAUCGUCGCGGCGCUUGCAGUUGCAGGAGGCGGCCAGGCUCUACGCCUUGGCCCAGCGUGGGGUGGCGGCCGCGGCUCGACCCUUGGCGGCGCCGCCGUCGCUGCUCGUCUCGGACGCGUCCCACGCCUCGCUGCUGCAGCAAUCGGAGUGGCAGCGUGGGCAGCCGUCGAGGUUGUUCGUGCACAUGCGCGUGGAUGGGCCAUGGACGUGUGUGUGGUGCCAGGAGCACAACUCGGAGUGGAGUUCGCGGGUGGAGUGCGCAGCCUGCGGGGCAGAGACAGGCCCAUCCGCGCCGUGGCGUCACUUUGCCUACGCCGAGGCGGGGGAUGUUAUGGCGGAGAUUAGGGCCCGCGUGGCGAAUGCCGGGGAGCGGCCUGUGGAUGCCGUGGUUGCCGCAUACAUGCUUAUGGUCUAUCGCCGUGCCUUCAUGCUAAGGGCCACUCCGCACGAUCAUGAGCGCAUUGAUCAGUUGAUACGGCGGCUCUGUUGGCUGCACGAGCGGGUGCUGGCAGGGUACUUGUAUGUGCGAUUUGUCCCGCCUCGUUCUCGGUGCAAGAACGACACGUUGUGGGCGGUGGCGAGCCUCUUCGGCUGCAGUGAAGCGGAGUACGCGGCGAUAUCCCCGCAGGAGUUGGGCCACAACGAGGAGAAGUUUUUCCAGACCAUCUUCACCCCCGCCACGUGCAAGGUGUGCUUUGGCGCACACGCCUGGAAGACGUGUCCCAUCAUCACCCGCGACUUUUCCUCUACCGCGCGCGCGUCCAUUAACAUGACCCCAGAGGAGAAGCAGCGUGCGAUGCUGCAGCACCUGCGACGUGUUGUGGCGGCGGCUCUGCGGGGGGGCACAGACAACAGUCGCCUUGUAGUGGAUGCCUACACCACCUUCGUGAAGUCCCCUUACCGGGAGCUCUUCGCGGAGGUCCACAGCGAGGAGGUGAACCGCCUAUCAAUUCUGCUCAGUCACUAUCACCAAUACCGACGCGCCGCGUUUGUCCUCUGCCACGUCCCCCGGCAUCUCCGCGAGGACCGCGCCUACCUUGUCAUGACGCACUACUUCAACGUCCCCGCGGAGGAGGCGCGGGAGCUGCUGCGGAAGAGAAGCGCAGUUGGGGUAGAGGACGAGAGUCACCCAAACUUUGUGCAGGUGGCCCUCACCUGCUGCAUGUGCCUUGACGGGCGACACGCCUCCUUUGACUGCCCGCGGCUUGUGCAGUGGAUGGGCGACGUGGACGCGCAUUCCGCCGCGCCCGCCGCCACGGCGGCUGAGGCGGCCCUGUACAAUCCCCUCCUCGAGGAGCAGCGGGCGCGGCGAUUGCGGGCGCAGGUGGACGGAUGGACCUCCGCUGGCCCUGAGCGACUGCACGCGUUCUAUCGAUUCCUGCUGCAGCGCGUGGACGCCUUUCAGGAGGAAGUCCCGGUGGACGGGGAUGACGAGCAGGACGCCGCCGUCGCCGCAGCCAAACCGCGGCGACGGAUUGACGCGGCCGACCUCAUUGUUUACGCCGUCAACAAAACCAUCGCGAAGCUGGCGACGGUCGGACACGAGAAUGGGGCCUGCCGACUGUAUGCGAGGACCCCUGUGGCUUUCGUCUCGCGCUACACCACAUGUGCGAUGCUGCGUUUGCAGCGCUUCUCCGAGGAGGGCAUCCGCACACUGCUGAACAGCGGCACUGCGGCUUCGUCGUCGUCGCCGUCGUCUGCGUCGGCGAUGGAGGAUGAGACAGCGCUGGGUCUGUCUAGUGAGGCUGCUGCAGCGGCGGCAGUGCCCUUGCAGCGCCGCUGCCUGUUGUGCUUUGACGCCGGUCAUGCGUACUUGGAGUGCCCUGAGUUGGCGGCGCAGCCGACAAACGCGGCGAAGCUCGAAUAUGUGGCCACGCAAGUGGGCGGGAUUCGCUGCUCCAUCGACGGCGUCCGCGGCGCCGCGGCCUACGUGUACCACAUGUACAACCUUGGCAACCUCACUGGCGAGAUGCUGCGGGCGCACCCCUCCCUAGUGCGGGCGUUGCUCCGCCUCAUACGGCGGUCGUUUGCGACGGGGCAGGUGGCCGCGGGCGCCCGUGUGCUGCGGCGGAUUCCCACGGAGCUUGUGCCGCCCGCGCGUGUGUACACCGAUCUGUGGCGCGCGGCAGGGUUACCGGAGCAGGCGGUGGAGGAUCGACGGGCGCAGUUGCUGGCGAUGUACGAGGCGGAGGGGCUGGUGCCGGACAUUGACAACCCGCCCGCGCGCCAGACGUACACCAACCAGUUGGUCACAAAUUUGAGCCGCACCCUGCACGACGAUCUCUGCAGGCACUGCUACCAGCACGGCCACACCCUGGCAACCUGCAGCGUGUUCCACGCCGAGGUAAGCUUUGGCCGGGACUACGUCGCCGCCUACCGCAUGAGCAUGAUGUCAGAGCAGCUGGAUCGGGAUUGGCAGGACGCCUACCUUUUAAAGCUGGCCGACUUCUUUCUGGCGCACCGGCUCUUCAUGCCGUACCACAUCGUUGGCGUCACGAACGCGUUGAACGCCAUCGCGGCCAUGUGGAGCUUCCGCGGAGAACCCGGCAUCGCGAUGCGGCACCUGCUUGCCAUCCCACCCGCCUACCGUCGUCGACAGGCCUUUAAGCACAUCCUGCACGCACUGCAUAUCCCCAUGGCGGACAUAAAUCGCGUGCUCGCCAAUGUUUACUUCGCCCCAGACGAGGUGUCAUCUUCCCUCGCGGCGGGCAAACGGCGCGAUGACUCCCCAGCACUGGGCAGCGGCGGCGCGGUGGCACAGCACUUACUGAUGCCAAAGCCCGCAAUACGUGAUGUGGCCAUGUCAGCUGUCUUUAACCACUUCCCUGAGGCGCUGGCGGCGCUUGAGAAGAGCGAGGAGCGCAUGGCGUUGAUCCGCCGCCGCAACGCGACACAGCGGGCGAUGACGGCCCCGCACAGCAUCGCCGCCACCGUGGCGAAGGCCGAGACAGUGAAGCCGCCCCCGGGUACGGCCGUCCCCACAAACUCGGCCGUGGGGGCGCCUCCCUCUUCCUCCACCGCCACCACGCUAUCCCCCACGCUGCGUGUGAUGCAGAGCGGUGACAUUUUGACCCUUCGAGAGGACUUUGAUCCCGUGCUGACAGAGUUGGAGGUCGCGGUGGGGAUGAAGCUGGGCAGCCGACACGUGCUCUUUACGAGCGCCGUGGACAUUCUCGCCGCGGCGGCGAGCAAAUCGGAGGAUGCCGAACGGGACACGCCCGCGCCCUCGCCGCCGUCGAGGGCGAACGCAUCCACCGCCACUGAAAGACGGAGGGGCGCGGAGGCACGCGACGCCGCACCGGCGCAGCAGAAAUCGGACGAGGCCGCAGUCGUGACGGUCUUCACGAAGGAGGUGCGACAGGGGCGUGCGGAGGGCAAAAAGGACGAGCCCCGCGGGCGGGAGGAGGAGCGUGGCGGCAGGCGGCCCUUUGCCCCGCCGCGCGGACAAGGGAAGGAUACCUUUGUCCACCCGCCACCGCGCCAGCAGCAGGGGAAGCAGCCGCAGCAGCAGCAGCACUACUCGCGGCGGCCCCGGUACCACGAGAGGCAGCAGCAGCAGCAAGCAGCAGCCACCACCCAAGAAGCGAAAUGA